AUGUUACCCAGCAGGAUAGGAUCUCAGCGUAUCCUAAAACCGCUCCCUAAAGCCCCGAGUCUCGUUCGCUUCAAAAACUACAAAGAAGAUCUUGCUGAAGACCGAUGGCCAACAGGAUUAACACCGGAAGCGAGGCCAUUUCGCAGUACAUGGACACACCCAAACAAGAACUACUCUGUGCCAUUUACAGUGUACAAUGUUCCAAACAACUCCGAGGCAUUUAUAAGAUGGCCAACACUCAAAAAAUUCAUGCCGGCGCUGAAUCCGCGAGCAUGGAGAACAAUCAAAGCCGGGGGAUCCGUGGGUUCCAAAGUUGAAACAGCCCAACAUGGUUCAGCCCGUGAUGCCAGAGUAGAAAAACAACUAGCAUUGAUGCCUUACAUGUACAAUGACCUGGGUGUGUUGGUUUACGAGGGCCCAACUGAGAAACAGUUGCAGACCAUAGGUCACAUACUCAAGAAGCUAGUGAAACAUGAGGGCAGACUGAAUAUUCGUGCAUGGAACUCAACUGAGAAAAAAGUGCGCUUCGAUAAAUGGAACGUAUACCGUUUGUCGGUAAAUGAGAGUGAUCAUCUUGACAUACGUUGGAAGAGAGGCUUCUUGCUCCCGAGUGGCCUCGAUGAGCUUACUGACAUGGCGCUAAACAAAUGGCGACAUGACUGGAAGGCUAGAAGGGAGGCCGAAGGGAAAGACGGUCGUUUACCAGUCAGAUUUUCUAAAGACAGCAAGGAGAUGUGGCUCUUGAGUAGCAAAGACGCCUUGGGCUCGAUCAAUGAAACCAUCAACGGCCCUCGUGUCACUUCAGUCGAUGCCUACGUUGCCACAGCAGUCUACAAAAGCCGCAUUCAGAUGAACAUCGAGCUUCACACUGUAGGAACAAAGCGUUUCCUCGGCUGUGCAAACCUCCGACUUGAGCCAAGCGUCGACAACGGCGUCCAAGAAAAGGGAUUGGAAGAGGUCAAGGAAAUGGGCAAUGCCAGCCCCGAUGGUACUGAAUCAGCGACGCGAACGCGCAAGCAACUGAGGGCAGUUGUGCGUCGUGAUCUGAAGAAGAUUUACAAUAUCGAAGCGCCAACCUCGAUGGACCGGCAGGAGCCUAUUGUUCACGACAUGACCAGGAAGCUGUGGAGGCUUGAGCGAUUGAUUUGGAAGAAGAGAGAGGAUGCUGUGAAAAAGGAGAGGAACGAGAAGAACAGACUUGAAUGGGAAGCACAAAAGGCUUUGAGGAAGUCUAUAAGGGCUCAAGAGAAGGCGGAAAUGGAAGGAAAUGAAAUGCCUUUGGAAAAGAAAGAGAAAUCUGAGGAAGAACAACGCCAGAGAGACGACGAUGCCGCUGAGGGCUUGCAUGAUGAAAAGUCUACCUGA